AUGGCCGUUUUGGGGGGAAAUUUUGGCGCGCUCCCUCCGUUAUAUCUCCUGUUAACCCACUCGGCUUUGAAGAGAGUGUAUUUAUGGUGCAAAGGGCAGAUCUUUGCGGUUAGGGCUUAUGAUCUUCAGCCCCCUACUUGUCCUAAAGUGCCCUUCAUAACUCCUCUUAAAUCCCCUUCAUUUAUGGCGGAGAGCCCCCUUAUUUGCAUGGUUUCCUUGGGUGAGAGAGCAGUGUUCUCAAGGGUAACUUCUGCAACCUCUUUUUUUGAGUUUAAGUUCGACGUGGCUGAGAGGUUGAAGGUUCCUUAUGAUGCGCUAUCAAUGGUUUAUAAAUCUGAAAGGAUCUCUGAUCUGAGUUUUGAGAUCGAGAAUGAGGAUGAUAUGGAGUGUAUGGUGGAGCACAACCGUAAUAUCGGGUGUCUGGAGAUCCAUAUUCGAGCUACUAUAGAUGUAGAUGUUUCCAGAUGUGAGAACACCCCGAAGCAACCUCCUGAAAUCAUUAUGAAUACACUGAAGCCAAAGUUUAUUGAUAGUACUUCUGCCGCAAACCAUGGUUCUGAAAGAAUUCCAAUUGAUAAUCCCAGUGGUAGCAGUGUAGUGCGUUCUGAUGACAUUAUUAACAACACAGUAAUGAUUCCUGGUUGGUGGCAUAAUGCAUUAACUGAAGAGGGUCAAGAAUUUGAAAGUGCUGAAGAAUUAAGGUUGGCGCUGACAUACUAUUCUCUGGCCAAAAUGUUUGAUUAUGAGUUUAAAAAGAACGAACCAAAACGUAUCCGUGUAUAUUGCCGAUAUAAAGAAACUUACGAGUGCCCAUGGAUGUUGUUUGCUUCACCUGUUAAGAAUGCAAAUAGACUAUCGAUCAAGAAGUUUGUUAAUGAACAUACUUGUGGGCAGUACGGGCAAAAUACAGGUCGUUCAAGGGCAUCCCGUAAAUUCAUUGCAACACAGUUACAACCACUCCUGAAGGUCCGUCCAGAAAUCCGACCCGUUGAUGUGCAAAAGGAGUUCCUCACAAACUACGGCCUUAGAAUUGAUUACAGUAAGAUAUGGUGGGGGAAAGAGAGAGCACAGGAGAAGCUUUACGGGGAUAUAUAUGAGUCGUAUGAUCAACUACGAUGGUAUGAGCGCAUGGUAAAAGAGACAAAUCCCGGCAGUUACAUACAUGUUGACCAGAAUGAGGGGAGGUUUUCGAGACUCUUUGUUUGUUAUGCUGCAUGCAUCAAAGGUUUCUUGAGUGGAUGCAGACCCCUUCUAUUUUUGGACGGUACAUUUUUGAAGGAUCGAUAUAAAGGUAUUCUCCUCUCGGCCAUAGCAUACGAUGGGAACCAAGGUAUAUUUCCCUUAGCGUAUUGCAUAUGUGAUCAAGAGAAUUUGAUGAAUUGGAAGUGGUUCCUCCAAGGUCUAUGGUCCAUACUUUAUGAGAGGGCUGACCCUUACAAUCCUCCCCACCAAUUGGUUAUAAUUUCUGAUGCGGACAAAGGAAUUAAAGAAUCAGUAAAAGAGUAUUUUCCAGAAGCUCUACACUCGAGGUGUGUUCUACAUCUUGUUGAAAAUUUCAGGUUAAAGCUUAAGGACUUGGGUAUGAAGUCGAAGGACACUCAUGUUCUUGGGAACUUACUCCAAAGUGCUUGUUAUAAAUACACAAUAGCAGAAUGGAAUUAG